AUGCGCCUGCACUUCUCUCGGAGCUGGGGUCUCCUACCAGCCCUUGGUGGUGUUGGCGCCUGCUUGGGUGGAGUGCUGAGCUUUGCGUGGCCCAAAGUCUUCAGCAGCUCAAAGUCCAUGUCGUUCGAGAGCUGGCGGCUGUCGAGGACGGAGCUGCGGGACGUCUUCAACCGCUACGAGCAGGCGGUGGAGAAGGAUGCGUACCACAUGCUGCAGCCCAGCAAGCUGGAGCGCAGGCUCCUGGGCGAAGAUCUGCUGAAUCGGCGGGUCACGGCCGUACGGCAGGCUCGCGACGUGAACCAGCGCUUCGUGCAAGAAGUAAUCGAGGACUUGCCGGACAUCAUGGCGGGCCCGGACGCAGCCGUGCUGCCGGCGCGACCCGUUGCAGAGUUUCGCAACCUCGGGGAUGGCGUGGACACGCUGCCCUCGAGCUCCUACGGUUCUAUGGCUUCCGUCUUCUUACACCUGAUGAGGGACUGGAGUCAGAAGUGCGAGCACGUUGUCCAGAACCAGUAUGUCCCCGCGGUAAGGGAGCUAAAGGCUCUCCUGCCCGAGGGUGGCCAGGUCCUCCUCCCGGGGGCAGGCCUUGGGCGCUUGGCCCUCAUGAUGGCCUCAGAGGGUUUUCAGGUCGAGGCCAACGAUGCCUCACGCCUGUUUCUGACGUUCGCCGACUAUUUGUUGAACAGAGCGCCUGCAGAUGGGAGGCAGCUGUUUCCACUGGCGCAUGUCUUCACAGAGAAUUUCGGUCACGCCCAGCAGUACGUGGAUAUGAUCGUGCCCUCCGUGCGGCCCGAAGCUUUGGCCGCCUUGGCAAAGUCCCCGGAGGGGAGGGCUCCCCUCGUGCUGGUACCGGGCGACUUCCUGAAGACCUAUGAGGAAGGUGGUCCUGGGCACCGCAAGUUUGAUGCCUUGCUCACCUGCUUCUUCAUCGACACGGCGGCAGACCCCGCAAAGCUCUUCCAGGUGAUGGACGGCCUCCUCAAUGAGGGAGGCGUUUGGGUCAACAUCGGGCCCCUGAAUUGGAGGAAGGAGGCUCGACUCAAGCUUGCGUGGGAGGAAGUUGUUGGAAUCUGGCAGCGGAAGGGCUACGAGUUCGUGACCCAGAAGAAUAUGGAAGUGGACUACCACAUGCCUCGGGGGGAAAAGAUGUAUACGGAGUCCUACAACGUGGCGCUCUCAGCCGCGGUCAAGCGGAGACGCGUGGAGGAGACAGGCGCCGCUCCGUGA